GUCCAACUUCACUUCAUCCUUGACUUUGUCAAUGUCGCCGGCGACAGCCGGUGGAGUGAAUUGAACUUUGAUCAAAUCACCGUGCCUUCAUCGCCUUGCCCAACAUGAUGCGACCGCGCGACCCCCGCAUCCGGCAACGGAUCAACCAGAUCUCCCAUAAUCUCGAGUCCGCCAACGAAACAGCACAGGAAGGACUUUACGCAUUCUCCCACAACUAUAUCUCCCCAUGCUUUGCAUCGAUUGGAAGCUGUGUCGCCGCAUGCACAGCCCCUUGCCUGCCGAGCCGGGAAGACCACCUCAGGCGGAGACGACGCGGCCGAACCGAGGCUAACUUUGAUUUCUACGAUGAUUGGGAGAAUGAAGAAGAAGAGGACAGCUUACUUGGAUGGGGUAAUGGUGAGCUCGACAGGCUCCUUGCUGGUAGCGGCUUAGCGCGCGGAAAUGCAGAGCAACCGCGCCGACCGAGGAGGAUGAGCUAUGGGACUCGAAACACAAGGCGAAGGAGCACAGUACACAUUCCGGAUAAUCACGCCGACCCGACUGUUAUUCCCAGUUCGUCCUUUAUCGGGUUCCUUGAGCGCUUCCCGUGGAGGUUUGGCGCGCGCGGCGUCAAGUAUCGGCCUUCCGCUGCUGAUCUCCAAGAACACCCGGGCACCCGGCGAUAUGCGCAUGAGGAUGAACCCUUGAUGGAAGCUAUGGACGAUGAGGCUCAGCUAUCUCCCACUCCGGCUGGUAGGAAUCGUAGUGCGACGCAAUCAUCCCGCGGGACGUCGAAUUCACUUAGUUCGCGCGGUGAUCUAUUCCCUAGUGACGAAGAGGAGGAUGCUGUACCCCUUGAUGAUGAAUUCGCGUUUACCUUCACGCGUCGAGGGACGGGAUUGGAGUCAGAUGAUCAGUCUGGAGCAAAAUCUGAGUUGACAAAGUCUGGUUCUGCAUCUAGCCUGGGCGGUGCAUCGUCCAAAAAGAACAAACGGAAAAACAAACGCCGCACGAAGAGAUUCUCGAGCCCACCGGCCGCCAAGAUUGUUCAAUCGAUUGACACGCCGUCGAUGGCAGAUCUUAAAACAGAAGAUCAGCGGGCUGCACUGGAAGAAGAAGCGGCCAUUGAGAGUAGACGGCUCGCCGCACAAGAGUUAGCUUUGAGUCGAGGUCUCGAUAUGGGAGCGGGUGAUAUGACAACUACAAAAUCUACCAGCACAAAUCUACCGCUACAAAACGAGGAUAAACAAUCCAUCCCUCAAUUAAGGAGGUUCAGUGAUUCUUCCGGCCAAGAAGCAUCUACCAACCAAACUGAACCUUUCCCUCCUCUCUCAUUAUCGCCUUCUUCUGUGAUUCUGGAGUCUCAAGGCCUGUCCAAAGCCUCGCCAAGGGCUCUCUCACCGCAUGGACUUGAUGAUACGAAUUCCUUCGACUAAUUAGCACUGGGACCCAUGUU